GUGGCGCUGGAAAAGCACAGCAGGUUAGGCAGCAUCCGAGGAACAGGAGAUUCGACGUUUUGGGCACAAGUCCUUCAUCAGGAAUGUCCACUGAGCUCCUUGUGGAAGCAGGUGGAGGAGAAGAACUUCCUCACGUUUAUCUAGAUGGUGCCCAGGUCUCACCAAACAGACACAGGCAGAUUCAGUACCGAAAGGAGUGAUGCAGAAUAUUGUGCAACCGUUAGCAAACAGCCACUGUUAUGGAAGGCCAUUCACUGAUGAAGCAGCUGAAGAUGGUCGGGCCCUAGGACACUAUCCUGAGAUUAUUAGAAGGGGAGGGUUUGCAGAAAGGAAACUGCAACCAAACAUUCCCAUCAGGAUCUGACAGAAUCGCCCACAUGUCACAACUUGAAUCUCAAAGGAUUUUGGACAUGGAAGGAAAAAGCAUCAUUCACGGUGGGGAGAGACCAUACACGUGUUCUGUGUGGACGAAGCUUCUGCCUGUCAGAACAUGGAUGCUGUCACAACAGGAAGAUAUCUUUGAAAUGUGCAAACUCUGGGAAGGGAUUUAAUUCCCCAUCAACGCUGGAAAACCAUCAGCGCAUUCAAACUGGUAAGCGGCCUUUCACCUGCUCAAAGUGUGGGAAGGGAUUCACUUGUUCGUCCACUCUGCUGAAUCACCAGCAUGUUCACACUGAAGACAGACCUUUUGCAUGUCCAGUCUGAGGAAAGCGUUAUAAAAGUUCACGGGAACUGAUCGCCCAUCAAUGUGUUCACACUGGGGGAGAGACCAUUCAGGUGCCCUCAUUGUGGAACUGGGUUCAGAAGAUCAUCUGACCUCACCGUACACCAACACGUUCACACGGGAGAAGCCAUUCGCCUGCUGUAAUUGUGGGAAGGGGUUUAGCACAUCAUCCCACCUGCGGAGGCACUGGUGAGUGCAUAAGGGAGAUAGACCAUUCAUCUGCUCUGGAUGUGGGAAGGGAUUUAUUUGUCAAUCCACCCUGCUGAAUCACCGGCAUGUUCAUACUGAGGAAAAAUCUUUUUAAAUGUCAAGACUGUGAGAAGUGCUAUAAAACUUCUGGAGACUUAAUUGCCCACCAGUGUAUCCACACUGGCAAGAGACCAUUCCAGUGUGCUCACUGUGGGAAUGGGUUCAGGAAAUCAUCUCAACUGACUGUGCACCAGUGAACUCACACUGUGGAGAGACCGUUCACCUGCACCGUGUGGAAAGGGAUUUACUCAGUUGUCCCACCUGCUGACACACCAACGGGUUCACACGGGAGAAACCAUUCACUUGCCCUGAGUGUGGGAGAGGAUUCAGUCAGUCAGCCAGCCAGCUGAAACACUGACUUGUCCGCAGAAACUCAAAUCAGACAUCAGAUCAACAUGUGAUGUGCCAUUCAAAUCACUGAAUAUCAUUCGAUUUUGAAUAUGGAGGGAGAUAUGCUUGUCUGUCUAUUUGUGGGUAAAUACUAAAAACAUCAGUGUGACUGGAAAAGGCACCAAAACACACACACACCUGAAAGCAGAUAUUCCAGUACGCUGACUGUGUGGAAAGAAUUUUAACCAGUUACUCGGCCUGCAAAGCAAUGCACCAUUCACAGCAAGGAGAAACCUUACAUGUGCUCUGUGUUCAAGGUUUUAACUGAUCAUCUGACCUACAGAAUCUGAACGAUAAUCAGCACCAUGGAGAAACCGUGGAAAUGUGGGGAUUGUGGGAAGGGAUUCAGAUCUCCAUCUGUGCUGGAAAUUCAUCGACGCUGUCACACCGGAGAGAGGCCGUUCACCUGCUCUGAUUGUGGGAAGGGAUUCACUCAGUCAUCCAGCUUACACAAGCACCAGAAAACUCAUACUGGGGAGCGGCCAUUCACCUGCUCUGAGUGUGGAAAGGAAUUCACUCAACUCACCCACCUCACCUCACACAAAGUUGUGCACUCUGACAUGAGACCUUUUCAAUGUUCUGCCUGUGACAAGAGCUUUAAAAGCAAGAAGAAUCUAUUGACACACCAGCGGGUUCACACUGGAGAGAGGCCAUUCACCUGCCCUGAAUGUGGGAAAGGAUUCACUCAGCUGUCCAGUCUGCUGACACACCAGCGAGUUCACACUGGGGAGAAACCAUUCAUCUGUUCCGAAUGUGGGACUGGGUUCACUCAGUUGUGCAAUCUGUUCGAUCACCAGCGGGUUCACACUGGGGAGAGACCAUUCAUCUGUACAGAGUGUGGCAAGGAAUUCACUCAGUCUUCCAGCUUAUGCAAACAUCGGAGAAUUCACUCUGGUGAGCGGCCAUUCAUCUGUUCCAUAUGUGGGAAGCAAUUCACUCAACUCACCCACCUCACAUCACACCAACGUGUUCACUCUGAGACAAGAUCUUUUCAAUGUUCUGAAUGUGAGAAAAACUUUAAAACUAAAAUGGAUCUGUUAACUCACCAGCGAGUUCACACCGGGGAGAGGCCAUUCACCUGCUCACAAUGUGGGAAGAGAUUCACUCAGUCAUCCAGCCUACUGGCACACCAGCGAGUUCACACGGGGGCCAAACCGUUUACUUGUUCGAACUGUGGGAAGGGAUUCACUCAGCUCACCCACCUCACUUCACAUCAACGCGUUCACUCUGACAUGAGACCUUUUCAGUGUUUGGACUGCGAGAAGAGUUUUAAAAGCAAACAGAAUAUGCUGACUCACCAGCAGGUUCACACUGGAGGGAAGCAUUCUCUUACUGUGAGUGUGGGAAGGGAUUCAUUCACCCAUCCCUCUGGCUGAGAGAACAGCUAGUUCACAUUGUGGAGUGAUCCGUUUGUCAACCGUGUGUGUAGGAAGGAUUCACUCACUCAUUCAUCCUAUAGAAAUUGCAGCAAGUCCACAAGUGAUUCCAGGGGUUGGAUUCUGCUGUUUUUGCUGCUAUUAGUCACAUCCAGACUGAACUAUAUUCAUUUUGACACUUGGCUGCUAUUUCAGUUUACGUUAAUCAUCUCU